GUAGAAUGCAGCAGCUGACUGAGCACCACCGGAACUAAAGUAACGAAGAAGAGACCAGUGAGCUCUGCCCAUCGCUAGACAUUCCUGCAGUAUUUGGUUCCCAGAAAGCAAGAGUGACGGAAUUUGACGAUACACCAGGUGUUUCCUGCUCCCUGUUGUUAGCUGAAGCUUAUGGGAGGUUUUGUCUUCUGGAAACCAACUUUACGUUCUCGCUGCCCACCAUGAACCUUUGUUCCUUGAUGCUCCAGCUGAGGCCAUCGGUGGGUGUUCACUUCCUCUGCAUCCUGCUGCUCCUCUCCAUCUACUUCACAGCGCUAGCUGCGUCUGUGUCAGGUAAUGAAAUGACAAGCAAGAAUGGGACAGCUGAAGGCUUCUCAAACUCCAGUGUUGCAGUAGAUACUGACCACCUGCAUCCAUCACCAGCUGCAGAGCCUGUUGGGACUUCUCAAACUGUUUUACAAUCGACUAAAACAACUUCUGAAGCCCCAGCAACACCUCUGUCCACCAAAACACUAGCAAAAAAAGUACUAUCUACAAGAACACCUAUGUCCACCAAACCACCGUCUGCAACUCAAACUCCAACACUACCACCCACCAAACCACCGUCUGCAACUCAAACUCCAACACUACCACCCACCAAACCACCGUCUGCAACUCAAACUCCAACACUACCACCCACCAAAACGUCGUCUGCAACUCAAACUCCAACACUACCACCCACCAAAACGUCGUCUGCAACUCCUACUUUAACAUCUCUGCCCACCAAGGCACCUACAACAUCAAAAGCAGUUGAAAACCCUCCAAAAGCGAAUGCUACAAUCACCAUUUUGCCCACAGGCAAGAAAAGUUCAUCAUCAUCCUCUGUGGUACCCACACAGAAGUUAACUACCAGGAAAUCAACUCUUUCACCCACAUCUUUAAGCACAGAAGCCACAGCCAUGUCUCCUAGCAGAACCACUACUUCUGGCGGCCGCAAUAAGUCUGCUGCUUCUGCAACAAGGGUUCCGGUGGUGGAAGUGGCUGGAGCAGCUCUGACCCGGCAGCUGGUGGACACGGCUUCUUUACUAGCUGUCUUGUUGUUUGGCCUGCUCUUCUUCCUGGUCACAGUGGCGGUGUUUGUCACACAGGCGUACGAGAGCUACAGGAGGAAGGACUACACCCAAGUCGAUUACCUGAUCAAUGGCAUGUACAGCGACUCUGGAGUGUGAUGCAGGAAGACAUGUGGUUCUGGACCUUCAUCUUGCACAAUAUGACCACAGUGACUACAGUGUGUUGAAGAAGUUGGAAUAAAGUAGCAAAUAGAGCAGAUGGGGAAAACAACUUGGACUAUUUUAUUCUUUUCUUCAUGUUUUUCUUUGGCUUGUGUAGCGUUUCGUUUCUAACACUGGACCCUGAACUUUGAGGAUGAAGAUCAGUCUUAAUGAGGUUGUGUGUAGAUCAACUGUCAGUGCUGAAAACACAAUAUUCAUCCUGUCCACAUCACAUUUCUGUUGAUCAGUAUGAUCAUUAUGACCAUAAUAUUUCUAAUACCUUUUCAGACUGAACUGAAAUAUGUGGGGGGGAAAAACUAACACAGAUUACAGAUCAGCUCAUUACAACAUGGCAGCCAAUUGUUAAAUGCUGUCUUGAAUAAUUUUUUUGAACAUUUCAUAAACCAUCAUUUCAAACUGAAACUUGAUUUGAAUGAGUCUAUAAAUGUAACAUCUGAAAUGUCCCAGCUUUAAUAUUGGUAACAGUUUCUCUUUAAAAACAUCUAAGUCUAGUAAUAUUUAUUUUUUAUAGGGUUCUGUUGAGAGGUUAUAAGUAGUAGUAGUAGUAUCCUACCUUCAGGAGAUAACUUGGUGUCCUUUUAGUACAGAUGUUUUUUCCCAGAGUCUGAAGCUAACAGCUAAUCUAAAACCAAAGCAGAUUCCUACAGUAUCAAACAUCUGCAUUUUAAAGAAAUUUAGACCAAUUAAUUAAUAAAUUUUUUAUGAACCAUCAUACAACUUUCACAUUUUUAAUAAAUGAUUAUAAAAGUGGAAGUAUGUGGUCAGUUGUAAUGAAGACUGAUAUUUAUAAUAUCAGUUUGUAUUAUAUUGUCAUCAUACAUUGUUUACCUGAAUUUUUAAAGUGUUUUGAUUUCUCAAUUGUGUUAAAGUGACUCUUGCUGGAUACACUAACAUGGUCCAUUUUGUAGUAUUUGAUGAGGCAUGACCACAAAGAGCUCUGGACAUUUUUUCCCUUUGGCAUUUUGUACAAUUUCAACUUUGUUUUCAGUCGGGCUAUUUUUGUUAGGAAACUUAACUUUAAUUACUAACUACAAAUGACAAAUUUUACUCUUAACAGUAGAUUAUUUGCUAUAAACCGCUGUUAGGAAACUUCUCUUCCCGUUAGUACCAAGUAUUGACAGAAGGUCGGCUGAGGGGAGCCACAUGGAACGCCUUGAUGCAUUCUGCAUGCAUGCAGCUUCCAGCUGGCUACGGGGCGAACUGAGCCGGAGCUUCUCGCCACUAUAACUGAUCAUGUUAACAAGCAGAAGAUCAAACAUUCACUCUGUAAAGCUCUGGAGGUGUUUGAGUGCAGGACGGUUUUAAUAACUCAUAACCUCUCAGCGGAAUAACUCUUCAAAACGUUUCCUUGUAAAUCAGAAUCUCUUCUCACAGCAAGUUGAUGCAUCAAGACGAUCCCUAUGUCACAAACUAUGAACAAAUCAUAUUAUACUACAGAUGUUUUAUGGAUUGGUUCACAUAGUUUUCCACACAUUAUAUUCUGAUAGAAAGGGAAACAGAACUGGUACGGCAUUGAAAGCUAUCGUUCAUGUAUUCUACAUGAUGAAGCUCACUGUCCGUACCAGGACUCGGACAAACCUUUUUUUCCAUAGCCCUUACAUUUUCAGUUCGGUUUUCUACACUCUUUUUCACACAUAUUAAUUUAGUCAUGUCUUGUGUGCAUGUUGCCAGUAGCAGAGUUGGCUUGUUGAUCUGACUAACUGCACUGAAGAGGUUCAGCAUCGCUGAUUGAAGCAAACGGCUUCAGUUCCAGUCCGUUGACCCACUGGCUCUGAGUUCCAGCAGGGCGCUCACUGGGAAGAAUGUAACUGUUAUCAAAGGACACAGUUUUGUUUGAAAUCUAGAUCUGCAUGAAAUGACUGAAUGUGUGAGAACCAUCAGUAUGGUUUGAGGCCCAGAGUAUGUCCCAGGUAGAAACCUGGAGCUGUUUGGACCUGGCAGCUGAAGUCUGGGGGAGCAGAAGACCAGUGGAGGCGUUGAAGUCACUCCUACAACCUUUUCUCAGCCAGCGGAUCACGGUCUCUUCCGCUGGCCUCAUGUAAUUUUUACAUUUCAGCUUGUCUUAAAGCCUCCUUAAGUCUUACUUGACUUGUUAGAUGGCUACAUAUUUCAUGCUGGUUUAAUUGUCUAUGAAAGCACAGGAGUUUCUAUGAAACAAAGCUCCAAAAGUUUUGUUAAAUUUUGUAAAAUUCCAUUAAACUUGACUGAAGUAGA